GGCGGCGGAGGAGGGGGAGAGACCCAGCUCAGCCCGGAGGCUGUGCCCACCUGCUGCUGGGCCCCGCUGGCGGAACCUGAGAGCCCCGACGGGUUGCUGGCCAGGCUGCUGGAGAGGCUGGGAGGGGACCCGACGGCCCCGCACGGGCAUGGCUGUGGCACAGAUCUGCUGCUAGAUGACAUUGUCCUCACUCAUUCAUUGUUCCUGCCAACAGAGCAGUUCCUGCACCAGUUGCACCAGCACUUCAUGACAGCAUCGACAAUCCCAUUGCCCUCAUGUUGGAAAGAGGGGGAGGCCGUGCACCGGAAGCAAGCGGUUUUGGUUAUUUUGCUGCACUUCCUUGAAACAUACAAGGGGAUCUUGCAGGAGGAGGAGAAAGCAGGCAAAGUCAUCAAGGACCUGUAUCUCCUCAUCAUGAAGGACUCCUCCCUCUACCACAAAUUAGAGGAUGACAUUCUGAAGCUACAUCAGCUUGUGGAGACUGUUGAACUCAAGGUGACAGAAGAAAGCCAUCCUCUUAACAAACAAGUCAAACCCCUAUUCAGGCAUUUCCGGCGCAUAGAUUCAUGUCUCCAGACACGGGUCGCUUUCCGUGGGUCAGAUGAAAUCUUCUGCCGCGUCUACAUGCCCGACCACUCCUAUGUCACCAUCCGCAGCCGUCUCUCAGCCUCUGUGCAGGACAUCCUCGCCUCAGUGACAGAGAAGCUCCAAUACUCCGAUGAACAGCCCUCGCGGGAAGAAGCUCUCAUUCUGGUGGCAGUGGCAUCAUCAGGAGAGAAGUCUGUACUACAACCUAACGAAGAGUGUGUUUUUACUACCCUGGGGAUAAAUAGCCAUCUUUUUGCCUGCACUAAGGAAACGUUUCCAUCGCUGGUCCCUCUCCCGGAUGAAAUCCAAGUGUCGCCAGGUGACACAGAGAUCCACCGGGUCGAAGCUGAAGAUGUGGCAAAUCAUCUCACAGCCUUCCACUGGGAGUUGUUCCGCUGUGUCCAUGAGCUGGAGUUUGUGGACUACGUGUUCCAUGGGGAACGAGGCAGACGAGAGACAGCCAACCUGGAAUUGCUGCUGCAGCGUUGCAGUGAAGUUCAGCACUGGGUGGCCACUGAGGUGUUACUCUGUGAGACACUGGGGAAGCGUGCCCACCUGCUGAAGAAAUUCAUCAAGAUUGCAUCUGUAUGUAAACAGAACCAGGACAUGCUCACCUUCUAUGCUGUGGUUAUAGGGUUGAAUAAUGCACCUGUCAGUCGCUUGCGCCUCACCUGGGAGAAGCUUCCAGGGAAAUUUAAGAAUCUCUUCCGGAAAUUUGAAAAUCUAACAGACCCCUGUCGGAAUCAUAAAAGCUACAGGGAAGUCCUAUCUCGGAUGAAACCACCCAUUAUUCCCUUUGUGCCCCUCAUCCUAAAAGAUCUGACGUUUUUGCAUGAAGCUAGCAAAACUUUGGUGGAUGGACUUGUCAAUGUAGAGAAACUGCACUCAGUAGCAGAGAAAAUUCGGACAAUCAGGAAGUGUCGGAGUCGGCCUCUCUGCCUGGAAAUGGAGUCAUCUCCCCAGCAGCUGCAGACAAAAGCUUACGUUCGGCAGUUCCAAGUUAUCGACAAUCAGAACCUGCUCUUUGAGCUCUCUCACAAGCUGGAGUCAAACAGCCAAUAAGGCCAAUGCCCGUAGGCAGACGUCGCUAGCAAAGAAUGUUUACUCCACGCAAUACUCAAGCACUUUUUAGAUGUACGGGGGCCCUCCUAAAGUUUGCCGUGGUGGGGAGGAGAGCCUGGAGUCACCAUACAGCAGGGAUGGUCAGCUUUAGUCAGGGGUGGGCCAAGGCAUUUUUGUGUUUGAGGAACAAAUAUAAAAUGGCACAUUGCCUUUCCACUAAUUAACCUGAUGAGACACCAUCUGCCAGAAAGCUGUCCUGCCAUCAAGGCAUGUUGAGGCCAGAGGAGCAAAAUCCAAAUGGUACCUUCCCUACCCAUUCACCCAAGCUGCCAUUUUAAUUAUCUAUAAAUCUAUAGCCUUUGUUCAAUGAAAAAGCUAGCCCUGUCACCUCACAUGACUCAUUUACAUUAAUGGGAGCUACACAAGAGUAUAUUUGAGAGGCAGUUGUGUAGGAGAACUUCCCAUAAGCUUGCAGCUUAUUAUUCAGAAUAAUCAAAUCUCCCACUCUGCUGUACUUAAUGGCAUUCAAAAUUUGCCACCCAAAGCAGCUACCUGACUUUGCCUCUUGGUAGAGUUGCUUCUGACUUUCUUUUUAGGGAGUUGUUAGGAUUCAAAAGAAAAGAGCCACAGGACAUGGAACAAUGUUUUGUGCAAGCCAAAACAGGAUUUCUUGACUUGCUUAUAGGACAGCUGGCAAUGGAGGUCACUGCCCUUUUCAGGCAGUUUCCCUUCCCACCAUCAGCAUAAUGAAAUAUGUCCUUGAAAAUUACAUAUGCGUGAGGCAUAUGAAUAAGCAUCCAGUGUUGUCAACUGGACACAGUAUGACUGCCAGAAGCAGCAUGUACAGAAAUGUCAAAAAGUAUUAACUUCCAUUUUUAGUUCUCUUAUUUCUAUUAUAUUAGUGUACAUUUAUAUUUCCAUCUUAGAAAGGUCUGAGAUAGAAACCCUUAAAAAAAUACAUUGUUAAAGAUUACUCGUAGACUCUCUAUAGAGUCUUCUCCGGGUAAUGUCUUCACACACUAUUGGGGAAUAAUGAUUUAAAAAUCUAGUGCAGGUAACUUAGAGGAGGAAAUGUUUUUGCUUUUUGAAAAUUAAAAUUCCAUUUUGACUGGCUGUGAUGAAUAAUACAGCAAUCAGGAAUGUCCAUUCUGUGGGAUUUAAACACUUGGAGCUUUAGACUUUAAAUACACAUCAAACUCAUAUGUCUGCUAUAGUUCCUUAUUGGGGUGUGUCUAGACUUGAUACUUUUAACUGGCCUAGAAAUCAUUCGAGAUCGCCAAAUGAUUCCUGUUCUGUGCUGGGGUUAGGGAACAGAGAGUCCCUGGCAUUCUCACCAAACUACAGUUCCCAGUAUCUUUUUGCAGGGAGCCAUGGUGAAGUAAUGCAAACCAUACAUACCUUUGUGGUCUAGAUGUAUAUAUGUACUCUGUGGUUCUGACUCCUGUCUGGAUGUCUUCUAUAUACACAUGUGUUGAAUAUAUUUAUUUUGGAAAACUGGGUGAUGGUGAUGGGGAGAAGAAGCCAAUUGCCUCUUCCUCUUGCAGUGAGUUUGCGAUAACAGUCAGGAUAAAGAUUACUCUUAAGCCCUGAGGUCCCUGCUUUAGUAUAUUUGAAGGGCAAUGAAGGGAUAGGACAGGGGAGGUUGCAUCUCUGUGGCAUCAUGGGGGCACUCAUAGGAACACUAGAGAAUCACUUUCUGGAUGGUUACACAGUUACAACACAGUAUUUGUUCUCACUCCUCCACAGUGCCUUAAAAAGCAGGGGUGGGGAACUUUCCUACAGUAUUUGGCCCAUGGCAUCCUUGGUGAUUACUCCGUAGCAAUUAGGAUUCUGUCAUUCACAAACUGAAGCUUUUCAAGACGCCUAAAUGCUAUAAAAGGGGAGUGAUUUAAGGGAUCUGUUGUAGCUGGGGAAGAAACAGUGUGGUGUGCUGAUGUGACUGUAUAUUUAACUCCAGACUGAUAAACCCUAAAUAAAUGAUCAAGAUUAA